AUGGCGAACAGCGAUGUUUUAAUCGUCAUCAACUCGAUUAUUGCAGCUUUGGCAUUCAUAGGAAAUGGGGCAGUGAUUUUUGUAAUGACAGUGAGACGAAAAAAGUUUGGUUCCUUCACAAACCGACUCAUUCGUCACCAGUCUGUCAUUGACUUCAAUGCCGCCGCGGUGUUCCUCUUGCUCCGUGUGGUUAUUCCCCAUGACGAUUGGGUAACAAAAGUGGACCAGAAUUUCCUUGGCGGGUUCUACUGCCGUUUUAUCCACGCUGAUGUUUUCAUCUGGGGUAUCAAUGUGGCGUCGACGUACAAUCUCGUCUUGAUAUCCAUGGAGCGUUUCAUGGCAACGUGCUGGCCGGUGAAGCACCGCAACGCCUGCUCACUUUACAGAGUUAGAGUGUUGAUGGUUGCCGCGUGGGCCAUUGGACUUCUAUACGGACUUCAUUUCGCUCUUCUGAAACAUGUCCACAACGGAAAGUGUGAGUUUGUGCAGCUGGAAACCGCUCCCCAGGCUGUUGAAGCAACCGUUGCAUUACUUAUCGAAUAUCUCAUACCGGUAUGUCUGAUGUCAUUUUCGUACGUGCGGAUUUUUACCACACUUCGACGCAAACUGGCUGGUAACGCUACCGUCAACCCACGCCGACAACGUCAUGGUAUUAUGGGCAAGGCUAAGAAGAAUGUUGUAGAAACUAUGCUGCUCGCCGGAGUUAUGUUCUUCGUUUGCUGGACCCCAACUGAGGUACUUUACACUGUUCACGUUGCAACAAAUGGUCAGACACCACACAUAUUGUAUCUGGCUUUCACUGGCUUACUCACGUGCAACAUGUGUGUCAACCCCAUCAUUUACUGCUUCAAGUACGAACAUUUUCGAGUUGAAAUCGUUAAACUUGUCGGAAGUAAAUUCCGCAGAAAUCGCGUUCACACAGAAGGCGAACUGAACUUGGUUUCCAACUAUGGUGAUCCACUACAGCAAAACACAGUUCAAAGCUCGGCUUGA